CGGGCGGGGGCGGGACGGCGGCGGGCGCGCAGCGUCGCCGGGGCGAAGGCGGCGUGCGGCGCGGCGCGGCGGGCGCGGAGCGAGCGAGGAGCGAGGGAGCGAGCGCCUCCGUCCCCGGAUGUGAGCUCCGCUGCCCGCGGUCCCGAGCCAGCGGCGGCGCGGGCGGCGGCGGGCAGCGGGCAGCGGGCAGCGGGCACCGCGGCGGGCGGGCGGCGGCGGGCGGGCAUGGGGGGCGCUCGGAGCAGCCCCGGCGGCCGGGCCGGCAUCCUCGCGGCGUCCCUCCGCUAGAGCAGGGACCAAGCCAAUUCUCCUUUGCAGCAAAAAAAAAAAAAAAAAAAAAAAAAAAAAGAAAAGAAAAAAAAAGAAAAAUAAUUACAUGUAUAUAUUACUAAGAUAAUAUAUACAUUGGACCUUAUUUUUUUUAAAAAAAGUUUAUUUUGCUCCAUUUUUGAAAAAGCGGGAGCGUGGGUGGCGAGCGGUUUUUAUAAAUUAUUCUUAUUUUCUGUAAUCUGUCCCCGUCCCUCCCCACCCCCUGCUAAAGCGAGACUAAGGGCAGGGACCGCAGCUCCCAUCUACCGGUCACCCCUUUACCCGUUCCUCCCCCUCGUCCCUAACGUCCAGCACAGUGCCCUGCACACAGUAGGCGCUCAAUAAAUGUUCGUGGAUGAUGAUGAUGAUGAUGAUGAAAAAAAUGCAGCAUCAACGGCAGCAGCAAGCGGACCACGCGAACGAGGCAAACUAUGCAAGAGGUACCAGACCCCCUCUUUCUGGUGAAGGACCAACAUCUCAGCCGAACAGCUCCAAGCAGACGGUCCUGUCUUGGCAAGCUGCAAUCGAUGCUGCUAGACAGGCCAAGGCUGCCCAAACUAUGAGCACCUCCGGACCCCCACCUGUAGGAUCUCUCUCCCAAAGAAAACGUCAGCAAUACGCCAAGAGCAAAAAACAGGGUAACUCGUCUAACAGCCGACCUGCCCGCGCCCUUUUCUGUUUGUCACUCAAUAACCCCAUCCGAAGAGCCUGCAUUAGUAUAGUGGAAUGGAAACCCUUUGACAUAUUUAUAUUAUUGGCUAUUUUUGCCAAUUGUGUGGCCUUAGCUAUUUACAUCCCAUUCCCUGAAGAUGAUUCUAAUUCAACAAAUCAUAACUUGGAAAAAGUAGAAUAUGCCUUCCUGAUUAUUUUUACAGUCGAGACGUUUUUGAAGAUUAUAGCGUAUGGAUUGUUGCUACAUCCUAAUGCUUACGUUAGGAAUGGAUGGAAUUUACUGGAUUUUGUUAUAGUGAUCGUAGGGUUGUUUAGUGUAAUUUUGGAACAAUUAACCAAAGAAACAGAAGGCGGUAACCACUCCAGUGGCAAAUCAGGGGGCUUUGAUGUCAAAGCCCUCCGCGCCUUUCGAGUGUUACGACCACUUCGACUAGUAUCAGGAGUGCCCAGUUUACAAGUUGUCCUGAACUCCAUUAUAAAAGCCAUGGUUCCCCUCCUUCACAUAGCCCUUUUGGUAUUAUUUGUAAUCAUAAUCUAUGCUAUUAUAGGAUUGGAACUUUUUAUUGGAAAAAUGCACAAAACAUGUUUUUUUGCUGACUCAGAUAUCGUAGCUGAAGAGGACCCAGCCCCAUGUGCGUUCUCAGGGAAUGGACGCCAGUGCACCGCCAAUGGCACGGAGUGUAGGAGUGGCUGGGUUGGCCCAAACGGAGGCAUCACCAACUUCGAUAACUUUGCCUUUGCUAUGCUUACCGUGUUUCAGUGCAUCACCAUGGAGGGCUGGACAGACGUGCUCUACUGGGUAAAUGAUGCGAUAGGAUGGGAAUGGCCAUGGGUGUAUUUUGUUAGUCUGAUCAUCCUUGGCUCAUUUUUCGUCCUUAACCUGGUUCUUGGUGUCCUUAGUGGAGAAUUCUCCAAGGAGAGAGAGAAGGCCAAGGCGCGGGGAGACUUCCAGAAGCUCCGAGAGAAGCAGCAGCUGGAAGAAGAUCUGAAGGGCUACCUGGACUGGAUCACCCAAGCGGAGGACAUCGAUCCCGAGAACGAGGAGGAAGGAGGAGAGGAGAGCAAACGGAACACUAGCAUGCCCACCAGCGAGACGGAGUCCGUGAACACAGAGAACGUAAGUGGCGAAGGCGAGAGCCACGGCUGCUGUGGGAACCUCUGGUGCUGGUGGAAAAGAAGAGGCGCGGCCAAGGCUGGGCCCUCGGGGUGCCGGCGGUGGGGUCAAGCCAUCUCUAAAUCCAAACUCAGCCGACGCUGGCGACGCUGGAACCGAUUUAAUCGCAGGCGAUGCAGGGCUGCUGUGAAGUCGGUCACGUUUUACUGGCUGGUUAUCGUCCUGGUGUUUCUCAACACAUUAACCAUCUCAUCCGAGCACUACAACCAGCCUGACUGGCUGACACAGAUUCAAGAUAUUGCAAACAAAGUCCUCUUGGCCCUCUUCACCUGCGAGAUGCUGGUGAAGAUGUACAGCUUGGGUCUGCAGGCCUAUUUCGUAUCUCUCUUCAACCGCUUCGAUUGCUUCGUGGUGUGUGGCGGCAUCACUGAGACCAUUUUGGUGGAGCUGGAAAUCAUGUCUCCCCUGGGCAUCUCCGUGUUCCGCUGUGUGCGCCUCCUGCGGAUCUUCAAAGUGACCAGGCACUGGACCUCGCUGAGCAACUUGGUGGCGUCCUUACUGAACUCCAUGAAGUCCAUCGCUUCGCUGCUGCUGCUGCUCUUCCUGUUCAUCAUCAUCUUCUCCCUGCUGGGGAUGCAGCUGUUCGGAGGCAAGUUUAAUUUCGACGAAACGCAAACCAAGCGGAGCACGUUUGACAACUUCCCGCAAGCGCUUCUCACCGUUUUCCAGAUUCUGACAGGUGAAGACUGGAACGCUGUGAUGUACGAUGGCAUCAUGGCCUAUGGGGGGCCGUCAUCUUCGGGAAUGAUCGUCUGCAUCUACUUCAUCAUCCUCUUCAUCUGCGGGAACUACAUUCUUCUGAAUGUCUUCUUGGCCAUUGCUGUGGACAAUUUGGCUGAUGCUGAAAGUCUGAACACUGCUCAAAAAGAGGAAGCUGAAGAAAAGGAACGAAAAAAGAUUGCCAGGAAAGAGAGCCUGGAGAACAAAAAGAACAAUAAGCCCGAAGUGAACCAGAUAGCCAACAGCGACAACAAGGUGACUAUUGAUGACUACCGAGAAGAAGAUGAGGACAAGGACCCUUAUCCACCCUGUGACGUGCCAGUAGGUGAAGAGGAAGAGGAGGAAGAAGAAGAUGAACCUGAGGUUCCUGCUGGCCCCCGACCUCGAAGGAUCUCGGAGUUGAACAUGAAGGAGAAGAUCGCCCCCAUUCCUGAAGGGAGCGCAUUCUUCAUUCUUAGCAAGACCAACCCGAUCCGCGUGGGCUGCCACAAGCUAAUCAACCACCACAUCUUCACCAACCUCAUCCUCGUCUUCAUCAUGCUGAGCAGUGCUGCCCUGGCCGCUGAGGACCCCAUCCGGAGCCACUCCUUCCGGAACACUAUACUGGGCUACUUUGACUAUGCUUUCACAGCCAUCUUUACUGUUGAAAUCCUGUUAAAGAUGACGACGUUUGGAGCCUUCCUCCACAAAGGGGCUUUCUGCCGGAACUACUUCAACUUGCUGGACAUGCUGGUUGUCGGGGUGUCUCUUGUCUCCUUUGGGAUCCAAUCUAGUGCCAUUUCCGUGGUGAAGAUUCUGAGGGUCCUCCGAGUCUUGCGGCCCCUCCGGGCGAUCAACAGAGCCAAAGGACUGAAGCAUGUCGUCCAGUGCGUCUUUGUGGCCAUCCGGACCAUCGGCAACAUCAUGAUCGUCACCACCCUCCUCCAGUUCAUGUUUGCCUGCAUCGGGGUCCAGCUGUUCAAGGGCAAGUUCUAUCGCUGCACGGACGAAGCCAAAAGUAACCCUGAGGAAUGCAGGGGCCUUUUCAUCCUCUACAAGGACGGGGAUGUUGAUAACCCCGUGGUCCGGGAGAGGAUCUGGCAAAACAGCGACUUCAAUUUUGACAAUGUCCUGUCUGCCAUGAUGGCACUUUUCACCGUGUCCACAUUUGAGGGCUGGCCUGAGCUGCUGUAUAAAGCCAUCGACUCAAACGGAGAGAAUGUCGGCCCCAUCUACAACUACCGCGUGGAGAUCUCCAUCUUCUUCAUCAUCUACAUCAUCAUUGUGGCUUUCUUCAUGAUGAACAUCUUUGUGGGCUUUGUCAUUGUCACCUUUCAGGAGCAGGGGGAGAAAGAGUAUAAGAACUGUGAGCUGGACAAAAAUCAGCGCCAGUGUGUGGAAUACGCCUUGAAGGCACGUCCCUUGCGGAGAUACAUCCCCAAAAACCCCUACCAGUACAAGUUCUGGUACGUGGUGAACUCCUCGCCUUUCGAAUACAUGAUGUUUGUCCUCAUCAUGCUCAACACACUCUGCUUGGCCAUGCAGCACUAUGAACAGUCCAAGAUGUUCAACGAUGCCAUGGACAUUCUGAACAUGGUCUUCACUGGGGUGUUCACCGUCGAGAUGGUUUUGAAAGUCAUUGCAUUUAAACCCAAGGGGUAUUUUAGUGACGCCUGGAACACGUUUGACUCUCUCAUCGUAAUCGGCAGCAUUAUAGACGUGGCCCUCAGCGAAGCCGACCCAACUGAAAGUGAGAAUGUCCCUGUCCCCACCGCUACACCUGGGAACUCUGAAGAGAGCAAUAGAAUCUCCAUCACCUUUUUCCGUCUUUUCCGAGUCAUGCGAUUGGUGAAGCUUCUCAGCAGGGGGGAAGGCAUCCGAACCCUGCUGUGGACUUUCAUUAAGUCCUUUCAGGCACUCCCGUACGUGGCCCUUCUCAUAGCCAUGCUGUUCUUCAUCUACGCGGUCAUCGGCAUGCAGAUGUUUGGGAAAGUCGCCAUGAGAGAUAACAACCAGAUCAACAGAAACAACAAUUUCCAGACAUUUCCCCAGGCGGUGCUGCUGCUGUUCAGGUGUGCCACGGGGGAGGCCUGGCAGGAGAUCAUGCUGGCCUGCCUCCCCGGGAAGCUGUGUGACCCCGAGUCUGACUACAACCCGGGGGAGGAGUACACAUGUGGCAGCAACUUCGCCAUCGUCUACUUCAUCAGUUUCUACAUGCUGUGCGCCUUUCUGAUCAUCAACCUGUUCGUGGCCGUCAUCAUGGACAAUUUCGAUUACCUGACCCGGGACUGGUCUAUUCUGGGGCCUCACCAUUUAGACGAAUUCAAAAGAAUAUGGUCCGAAUAUGACCCUGAGGCAAAGGGACGGAUCAAGCACCUGGACGUGGUCACUCUGCUCCGCCGCAUCCAGCCGCCUCUUGGCUUUGGGAAACUAUGCCCACACAGAGUAGCCUGCAAGAGACUCGUUGCCAUGAAUAUGCCCCUCAACAGUGACGGGACGGUCAUGUUCAAUGCCACCCUGUUUGCUCUGGUGCGAACGGCUCUUAAAAUCAAGACAGAAGGGAACUUGGAACAGGCAAAUGAAGAACUGCGUGCUGUGAUCAAGAAAAUCUGGAAGAAAACCAGCAUGAAACUACUUGACCAAGUGGUCCCUCCAGCUGGUGAUGAUGAGGUAACCGUGGGGAAGUUCUAUGCCACUUUCCUGAUACAGGACUACUUUAGGAAAUUCAAGAAACGGAAAGAACAAGGCCUGGUGGGAAAGUACCCCGCGAAGAACACCACGAUUGCCCUGCAGGCGGGACUCAGGACGCUGCACGACAUUGGGCCUGAAAUCCGACGGGCUAUCUCAUGCGAUUUGCAAGAUGAUGAGCCUGAGGAAACAAAAGGCGAGGAGGAAGAAGAUGUGUUCAAAAGAAAUGGUGCCCUGCUUGGAAACCAUGUCAAUCAUGUUAAUAGUGAUAGGAGAGAUUCCCUUCAGCAGACCAAUACCACCCACCGUCCCCUGCAUGUCCAAAGGCCUUCAGUUCCACCUGCAAGUGAUACUGAGAAACCGCUGUUUCCUCCAGCAGGAAAUUCGGUGUGUCAUAGCCAUCAUAACCAUAAUUCCAUAGGAAAGCAAGUUCCCAGCUCAACCAAUGCCAAUCUCAAUAAUGCCAAUAUGUCCAAAGCUGCCCCUGGAAAGCGGCCCAGCCUUGGGAACCUUGAGCAUGUAUCUGAAAAUGGGCAUCAUUCCUCCCACAAGCAUGACCGUGAGCCUCAGAGAAGGUCCAGUAUUAAAAGAACCCGCUAUUACGAAACGUACAUUAGGUCCGACUCGGGAGAUGAGCAGUUCCCAACCAUUUGCCGUGAAGACCCAGAGCUCCACAGUUACUUCCGGGAUGCCCGCUGCUCGGGGGACCAGGAGUACUUCAGCAGCGACGAGUACUACGAGGACGACAGCUCUCCGGCAGGGAGCAGGCAAAGCUACGGCUACUACAACAGAUACCCAGGCAGCAACCUAGACUUCGAGCGACCGCGAGGCUACCACCACCCCCAAGGGUUCCUGGAGGACGACUCGCCCCUGUGCUAUGAUUCCCGGAGAUCACCCAGGAGACGCCUGCUACCUCCCACCCCGACAUCCCACCGCAGAUCCUCCUUCAACUUCGAGUGUCUGCGCCGGCAGAGCAGCCAGGAGGAGGCCCCGCCGUCCCCCGCCUUCCCGCACCGCACCGCCCUGCCCCUGCACCUCAUGCAACAGCAGAUCAUGGCCGUGGCCGGUCUGGACACGAGUAAAGCCCAGAAGUACUCCCCAAGCCACUCGACCCGAUCGUGGGCCACCCCUCCAGCAACCCCUCCGUACCGGGACUGGACGCCGUGCUACACGCCGCUGAUCCAGGUGGAGCGGCUGGAAGCCCUGGACCAGGUCAACGGCAGCCUGCCCUCCCUGCACCGCAGCUCAUGGUACACCGACGAGCCGGGCAUCUCCUAUCGGACUUUCACACCAGCCAGCCUGACUGUCCCCAGCAGCUUCCGGAACAAAAACAGCGACAAGCAGAGGAGUGCAGACAGCUUGGUGGAGGCCGUCCUGAUAUCUGAAGGCUUGGGACGGUAUGCCAGGGACCCAAAAUUUGUGUCGGCGACAAAAUACGAAAUCGCCGAUGCCUGUGAUUUGACCAUCGAUGAGAUGGAGAGCGCAGCCAGCAACCUGCUGAAUGGGACUGUGCACGGCCGGGCCAACGGGGACGUGGGGCCCCUCUCCCGCCGGCAGGACUACGAGCUGCAGGACUUCGGGCCUGGCUACAGCGACGAGGAACCGGAGGCCGGCCGAGAAGAGGAGGAUCUGGCGGACGAGAUGAUCUGUAUCACCACCCUGUAGCCCUGAGGCCCGGGCAGCAGAUGGCCAGGGAACAAGUGCCUCGUAAUUAGGAAAGUUCAGGCACUGGCGUGGACCCUGUUCUCGCCCAGACUUUCGUGUAAGGGCCGCCGUGCCUCAAGGAAGCCAUAUACCUGGUAGGGAGCAGCCGCGCACGUGGCCCCAGAAGCUCGGAGCAGUGGGUCAGCCCACUGGGAGGGGACCAGUAAGGUCAUCGGACAAGCCUCACCUGCUCCCCCCCAGAGUGCAGCGGGGCCCCCCACACCCAGCCCGCCAGUGCGCAGGUACGGCGCAGAAGGGUCAAGGUGAUGACGAUCGCCAUACCUGUGUCAUUACCUCAGCCAUCAGUCUAGCAUAUCAGACAUUCACUGGGCCCAGCAUAUCCAUUUUCAAUGCCCCCCGCCCUCCUGAUCCCCCAGCACACUGCUUCCUGGUUCCUGUUCAAUGUGUGUGCAAUGCAGUGUGUCCAUCAGAACCUACCUACCAGCUGUCGUCCUGAGGGGCAGGACCUGAUCACAGGGUGUGCGGGCAUGCGAUGGUACCCGCAGCCCCUGACAGGCUGAGGGCCACUGUGUGAACUGGAAUCAUCACUCACUCGCAACCAGGUCAACUCAGAGAACGCUAAUUUGUUUAAAACUACAGCUUUCCUGUACAGGACUUGUAAUAUACUCUCAUUUGUAUUUGUAAAGAGAUGGUCUAUAUUUUGUAAUUAUUGUACCGUAUUUGAACUGCAGCAAUAUCCAUGGGUCCUAAAUAAUUGUAGUUCCCCCACUGAAAUGUAGAAAUCAUUCAUAUUUUUACUGGGGCUAUACAGAAGUAGAACCAAUAGAGCCCAUUCUCAUUCAUUCUGCGAAAAAACAAAAACAAAACAAAACAACAAGAAAAAAAAAAAAAACCAGGAACCUUUUGGGGGUAAAAUUCUGAGUUCAAAUACGACAGAUAUUUUUCUAAAAUGUGUUGGGUCACUUUAACAAGAUACACUAGAUGAUUGUUUGCUGUCUUUCCUUCGGGGCUGGGGCUCUCUGGGUUUAUACGGGGCCCCAGAUACUCUCCUUGGUUGCGCCUGCCCCUUAACUCUGACUAACCCUCUGGUACGUUCACAGCAGCCGGUGGUCAGGCUGGUUCUUCUGACCCUGCAGAGUCGUUGCUUUGAUUUGCUUAGUUGUCCCCAUCGGACAUUGUUGCAUCUCAGCAAAGUAAUCAUCGCGUAGAUGAACAAAGUACCUGGUCCCUUGUCCCCUGGGGCCAGUGAUGCAGCUUUUCUUACGUAAGGAGUGCUGGGGGCAGGGGACAGAGCGAGCAAAGGGAGAACCUACAGGACUCGAAUGUUAGGGGCUGUACAAAUCAUAUUGUUGCCUUUUUUUACAAAAACAUUGCUGUACUGUGUAAUCUCUUUGAGGGCUUUUAUAUGCAACUGAAUGAGGGCUGACGUUUUCAUAGGAAUGCACUCACGCCGAUUGUACUUCCUGAUGAAAACCCACUUUGGGAUCACUCAUACCAUCCCGGCUUCCUUUUCUGUUCACAGAAUUAUGCCAACUUUGUCGCGUUACCAUGGCAGGGAUUCCCUGCCAUUCAAAAAAGAAUAAUCAUCAUAACAGGUAGCAAUUUGGGGUUCACAGUUUUUUAAUAGUAUAGACAACCUGUUCCUGAUUUUGUUGAUGUUGUUGUUGUUGUUGUUGCUGUUGUUUGGGAGGUUCUGGGUUUUUGUUUUUGUAAAUAAUACCACUUUGUUAUGAAGACCUGACAGACCUCUUCUUAAAACAUUCUUAUUCCAGAUCCAAGCAAAAACACAUCAAGGUUUGUAAAUGACUAUUUCCUGACAUAACUUUUUUUUAAUUAAAAUGCAAAAUGUUCUUCAGAAUAAGUCGUGUAAUCAUCUUGUAUUCAGCAGCGCUCUCUGCCCUGAGAGCAUCAGCAGGGGCCGUGGCUGAAGUUCUCCCCCUCAGAGUCUCUCUCCUGUGGCUCCUCAAGGCUGCAGUGACGGCCGCCAACGGAGCCUUGUUCCUCCCAAGGGCUAAGCUACUGGCAUCUCCUCCACAGACUCUGUCUCUGCGGGGACCGGCCUGGUGACAGGCCUGAGCUCGCAGCUGACCUUUUCCCACCAGCACAUGCACACCGGCGCGGGCCACGCCGCUCCCCACAUCUGUCUGUUUUAAGGCUGGGUCGACCUCCAUCCAACAUUAAAUGUUUUCCUUUCGUGAAGAACCACUUGAAGUUGACGCCCAUGUUUGGUUUUGUUUCCGGGAAGUUUUCAGAUGUGAUGUUUCUCCUUUUUGGUUUCCCUCAUCCUCACCCCACCGCCCAAAUUUCAUUGUGUGGUAUCCCCAGGAAUAGAACAUCUAGUUUCUUCAGUCUCGCGUCUGUGUUAAUGUCACAGAGUGGACAUGGGGGCGCCAGUUGAACCACCGAGCAUCAAGAACCUGCUUAUCCUUCGUCACUGACAGUUGGGCAGUCUGUGGCCAAGAGGUGCUGCCCAGUUCUGGCCUGAGAUUGCAGAAGCAGCUUGGCUGGCUGGGGUGUGGGAGCUGGGUGCUGUGAGGGCCCCGUAGGUGCUUCGGGAACGGGGUUUUCCUUCCUCUUUGAACCCACACCUUGCUGCCCCUGUGCUUAUGAAACCAGUGUCUUUCAUGCUCGUGUGUACCCUACACAUAUUCACGUUAUUUUUUUCAUUAAAGGCUACAGCCAGCAUUGUUGUGGGGGGGAGGGGCAGGACAUUCCCAGUGGUUCGGGUCUGAUGGCUCAAUACUUGGGCACUCAGGGUCUCAGCAGCGGUGCUCAAGGGACAUUGUGGUGCCAGGGGGAGAACUCAGAGCCUGGCAUCGACCAGCCACAUGCUCUGUGACUCAAGCUCUCUCCCACCUCUGUCCUGCCUCAGAAACAAGACUCCAGCUCUGCUUUCUCAUGCUGUAAGUUUUUAUUUCUCUGCAGUGAUAUUUCUUAUUCCUUUGGGAGGUAGGUAAGAAUGGUGGGUCGUGGGCUGGAGCCCUGGCUCUCAGCAGGGGGCAUGCAUGAGGAGGGUGGUCCUAAGGAAGCUGUGGGGCUCCGGGGUACAGUGGCGCCUGCCUGGCCUUCAUGACAGGCUAAGUACAGAGACCGUGCUUUACUAUUUUUCUUUUAAGGUUCUAUAUUGAAAAGAGGAGGUCUUGGGCCACACCUGACAGUGCUCACAGGCUACUCCCAGCUCUGUCAGUCAUGAUGACUCAGGAGAAACUCAUGCAAGAGCCUCACCUGCUAUACUAUCUCUCCAGCCCCGCUUUUCCCCUUUUAAGUAAAAAGGAUCUAAGAUUCAGUCCAAGGUGAAGCUGGUCGGUUGAAACAUAAAGAAAAAAAACUGGUUUAGCUAGAGCAGAAUUUGCAUUUAUGGAAAUAUGUCCUGACUGGCGGCAGAAAGGCUGAGACUUUGUUUAGGCACCAGAGUUCUGCCCGGAGCCUGGCCCUCCCUGGGCUCACGGCAGACAGGCUGCGGGUCAGCUUCCGCUGGCAAGAGCCUCUGCCCACCUAGCGGCUACUCCCUGGGUGUCUCAGAGGGGCCUGUGAUCCUCAGAGCCUGCUUCCGGGCCAGGCUCAGCCUUUGCCCUCUCUGUUCUCCCUGGUGUCAGGAUUGCCAGCUCCAUUCUUGGGUCCCCAGAGGCAGAUGCUGGCAGGUGCUCUAGGCAGCCAAGGCCACCUGACCGCAGCAC